UCCUCCUCCUCCUCGUCCUCCUCCCAGAGCCUCAGUCACAGUCAGUCUGGUCUGAUUUACGCAGCGAAGCAGCCUUUAAGUGGACCCCCGGCGUCAUCAUGGGCAUCAAGUUCCUGGAGGUGAUAAAGCCUUUCUGUGCGGUGCUGCCUGAGAUCCAGAAACCAGAGAGGAAGAUUCAGUUCAGAGAAAAGGUGCUAUGGACAGCCAUCACUCUCUUCAUCUUCCUGGUUUGCUGCCAGAUUCCUCUCUUCGGCAUCAUGUCCUCAGACUCUGCAGAUCCUUUCUACUGGAUGAGAGUCAUCCUGGCCUCAAACAGAGGUACUCUGAUGGAGCUGGGAAUCUCACCAAUCGUCACCUCAGGCCUGAUAAUGCAGCUGCUGGCCGGAGCCAAGAUCAUUGAGGUUGGAGACACUCCAAAGGACAGAGCUCUCUUCAACGGAGCUCAGAAAUUGUUUGGGAUGAUCAUCACCAUCGGCCAGGCCAUCGUGUACGUGAUGACCGGCAUGUACGGAGAUCCAUCGGAGAUGGGCGCUGGAAUCUGUCUGCUGAUCAUUAUUCAGCUCUUUGUUGCCGGGCUGAUCGUGCUGCUGCUGGAUGAGCUGCUUCAAAAGGGCUACGGUCUGGGCUCGGGGAUUUCCCUCUUCAUUGCCACGAACAUCUGCGAGACGAUCGUGUGGAAGGCCUUCAGCCCCACCACUGUGAACACCGGGAGAGGGACCGAGUUUGAGGGCGCGAUCAUCGCUCUGUUCCAUCUGCUGGCCACGAGGACGGACAAGGUGCGAGCUCUGAGGGAAGCCUUCUACAGACAGAACCUGCCCAACCUCAUGAACCUCAUCGCCACCGUCUUCGUCUUCGCCGUGGUGAUAUACUUCCAGGGAUUCAGGGUGGAUCUGCCCAUUAAGUCGGCCCGCUACCGCGGCCAGUACAACACCUACCCCAUCAAGCUCUUCUACACCUCCAACAUUCCCAUCAUCCUCCAGUCUGCCUUGGUGUCCAACCUGUACGUCAUCUCCCAGAUGCUUUCCACUCGCUUCAGUGGCAACUUCCUGGUCAAUCUGCUGGGGACGUGGUCUGACACGUCGUCUGGUGGUCCGGCCCGGGCCUACCCUGUCGGGGGUCUCUGUUACUACCUCUCCCCUCCAGAGUCGUUCGGCUCGGUGCUGGAGGACCCGGUCCACGCGCUCAUCUACAUCGUGUUCAUGCUGGGAUCCUGUGCCUUCUUCUCCAAAACCUGGAUCGAAGUCUCUGGAUCUUCAGCUAAAGAUGUGGCAAAACAGCUGAAGGAGCAGCAGAUGGUGAUGAGAGGACACAGAGAAACCUCAAUGGUCCAUGAACUCAACAGGUACAUCCCCACCGCUGCUGCCUUCGGUGGACUGUGUAUCGGCGGUUUGUCCGUAAUGGCCGACUUCCUGGGCGCCAUUGGCUCUGGCACCGGCAUCCUGCUGGCCGUCACCAUCAUCUAUCAGUACUUUGAGAUCUUCGUGAAGGAGCAGAGCGAAGUGGGCAGCAUGGGGGCCCUGCUCUUCUAGGACACACACCAUGUCCCCUCCUCUUACCAACUGUUAUUUUUAUCACCAACCUCACGUUUAUUUGACACCCGUGUGACGAACCCCCCCCCCCCCUCCUUCGCCGCUCCAUCAGCCCCGGUUUGAGGAACCUUCAGGAGUCUCCGCUGAGACGAGCUGCUCUGAGGUGGUGGGACUACGUGCCGACAGUCACAUCAAGCGCUCCCCCUACAUAUCUUCCAAAGUGACACAACAACCUCAAUCUGAGCUGUACUGCAUCAGAUUUUUUUUCUUCUUUUUUUUAAACCCAGUUUAAGAUUGAAGCUCUCCAGGAUUCUUUUGAAAGGCUUUCUGCAGGAUUUCGGUCUUUUUCUUUUGUUUUUAGACCGACAAAGUGAGCAUCUCAGUAUGCAGGCAUACUUGAUUCAGAUGGCGAUCGACGGCCUGCAGCGUGCUCAACGUUGUCUUGGUUUCUACUUUUACUUUGAGUUUUCUUUUUUUUUUUGUUGUUGUUGUUGUUGACCUGCCGAUCAGGUGGACCAGAAGCUGAACUGUCAGAUGCUGCAUCCUGUACUGUUUGUAUUCCUGUGUUCUAGCUUGUAUUAGAUUUGGGUCCUGCAGGAAGAGGGCGUGGAGCUCAUAUUGGGUUUCAGCUCCAAAUAAAGGUUAACAGUAAUCCAGUGAACAUUUUAAAGGAAAAGAAAAAAAACAAAACAACUGUGCUAGUUGUUUGGGUGUAUGGCAUUCCUUGGGCGCUGCAGUAUUAACUCGCAUGUCACAUUCACUCUCGUUCCCUUCGUCCUCAGAUCUUUUGUUUUAUGUCUGCUCUUCAUACUUUAACUGAUCCGAUUUUCAGAUUGACUUUCUGUACAUAGGCCAUGCAUUGAAUACUUUGAAUUUGUCUUAAGUGUAAGAUAAAAUCUUUGAAUAUGUUAAAAAAAAAAAAAAAAAACAUUUCAGAACAAACUUAUAUAUAAGAAAA